GACAUGGAGCGCAAGCUGUCUCGCGCCCAGGGCCACCGCACUGAGGACGAGACGCGCGCGCUGGUGGAGCGCAUCGAGGCCCUCACCGCGGCGCUGCAGGCCGUCGUGGCGGAGCACGCCAUGCUGCUCGACCAGGCGCGCCGCACAGCCCUGCCAGCGUUUUAUUUUUAG